CAGCACAGCUUGAACAAGAGAAGCUUGAUAUUCAUGAAGAGCGAAGAAAGGCCUUGGACGAAAGGACGAUGCUAGAAAGAGAUUUGUCGGAAGUAAGGAUGAGAGAAGAAGAGGCCAUGCAAACGAUAAGACACAACACAAAUAUGAAAGAGGCAAUAAAAGAUUUGGUUGAAAAGACACAUCAAGACAUUACAAUGAAGAUGCAAUUCAUAGAGCAGAAUAUUCUGGAUGCACAAAAUCAGACAACUAACUUGGAAAUUCAGCAAAAAGAAAUGGAAGAGCAGAAAUUGGAGAUUGACACACAUUUUGAACAAAUACAAAGACACAGAGAAGAUCUGAUCAAUAUGAAAUCGGACAUGAUGAUUACAAAAAGAAGAAAUGCAAAAGAAUUGGAACGAGGAGCUGCUACUGGAGAAACAAGAUCUCAAUACGGAAAAGGAAGCAGUAGACAGGCAUAGCAAAUAUCUGGACACAGUUAAAGAAACAAUCAACAAAGACAACCUUGACUUGGAUAUCAUGAGGUCUGAAAUCCAGAAAGAAACAGAGGCACUGGAAAGAGAGAAAGAAAAGAUCCAGGAACAAACUGAGAUACUAGAAAAAGAUCAAUCUUUUGUGAAAGUAGAAAAAGAAAGACUUGAAAUGUCAAAGGCGGAACUCCAAGAAAAGCAAGACAAAGUUCACUGGUCUACAGAGCAUUUGAACAGUGACAGAGAAAAGAUGGACCAUUUACUUCUUGAAGGCCAAAAGAAAAUCCAAGAACUUCAUAAAGAGAUACAACACAUGGCCCAAAAACAGAAACAACAAGAGCUUCUAGACAGUGACCUGAAACGAUUGACUGAUGAUCUCCAAAUUGGGCAGGAAAAUCUAAUAAAACAACAGGAGGAAGUUCAACGUUUUAAGAGUGAUGUCAUGAAUAAGAAGGAGGAGCUUAAAGUGAUCAUGGAAAUAAUCUUUGAAGAGACAGCACAGCUUGAACAAGAGAAGCUUGAUAUUCAUGAAGAGCGAAGAAAGGCCUUGGACGAAAGGACGAUGCUAGAAAGAGAUUGGUCGGAAGUAAGGAUGAGAGAAGAAGAGGCAAUGCAAACGAUAAGACACAACACAAAUAUGAAAGAGGCAAUAAAAGAGUUGGUUGAAAAGACACAUCAAGACAUUACAAUGAAGAUGCAAUUCAUAGAGCAGAAGAUUCUGGAUGCACAAAAUCAGACAACUAACUUGGAAAUUCAGCAAAAAGAAAUGGAAGAGCAGAAAUUGGAGAUUGAAACAAACUUUGAACAAAUACAAAGACACAGAGAAGAUCUGAUCAAUAUGAGAUCCGACAUGAUGGUACAAAAACAAGAAAUGCAAAAGAAUUGGAACGAGGAGCUGCGACUGGAGAAACAAGAUCCCAAUACGGAAAAGGAAGCAGUAGACAGGCAAAGCAAAUAUCUGGACACAGUUAAAGAAACAAUCAACAAAGACAACCUUGAUUUGGAUAUCAUGAGGUCUGAAAUCCAGAAAGAAACAGAGGCACUGGAAAGAGAGAAAGAAAAGAUCCGGGAACAAACUGAGAUACUAGAAAGAGAUCAAUCUUUUGUGAUAGUAGAAAAAGAAAGACUUGAAAUGGCAAAGGCGGAACUCCAAGAAAAGCAAGACAAAGUUCACGGUCUACAGAGCGAUUUGAACAGUGACAGAGAAAAGAUGGACCAUUUACUUCUUGAAGGCCAAAAGAAAAUCCAAGAACUUCAUAAAGAGAUACAACACAUGGCCCAAAAACAGAAACAACAAGAGCUUCUAGACAGUGACCUGAAACGAUUGACUGAUGAUCUCCAAAUUGGGCAGGAAAAUCUAAUUAAACAACAGGAGGAAGUUCAACGUUUUAAGAGUGAUGUCAUGAAUAAGAAGGAGGAGCUUAAAGUGAUCAUGGAAAGAAUCUUUGAAGAGACAGCACAGCUUGAACAAGAGAAGCUUGAUAUUCAUGAAGAGCGAAGAAAGGCCUUGGACGAAAGGACGAUGCUAGAAAGAGAUUUGUCGGAAGUAAGGAUGAGAGAAGAAGAGGCCAUGCAAACGAUAAGACACAACACAAAUAUGAAAGAGGCAAUAAAAGAGUUGGUUGAAAAGACACAUCAAGACAUUACAAUGAAGAUGCAAUUCAUAGAGCAGAAGAUUCUCGAUGCACAAAAUCAGACAACUAACUUGGAAAUUCAGCAAAAAGAAAUGGAAGAGCAGAAAUUGGAGAUUGACACACACUUUGAACAAAUACAAAGACACAGAGAAGAUCUGAUCAAUUUGAAAUCGGACAUGAUGGUACAAAAACAAGAAAUGCAAAAGAAUUGGAACGAGGAGCUGCUACUGGAGAAACAAGAUCUCAAUACGGAAAAGGAAGCAGUAGACAGGCAAAGCAAAUAUCUGGACACAGUUAAAGAAAUAAUCAACAAAGACAACCUUGACUUGGAUAUCAUGAGGUCUGAAAUCCAGAAAGAAACAGAGGCACUGGAAAGAGAGAAAGAAAAGAUAUGGGAACAAACUGAGAUACUAGAAAGAGAUCAAUCUUUUGUGAGAGUAGAAAAAGAAAGACUUGAAAUGGCAAAGGCGGAACUCCAAGAAAAGCAAGACAAAGUUCAUGGUCUACAGAGCGAUUUGAACAGUGACAGAGAAAAGAUGGAACAUUUACUUCUUGAAGGCCAAAAGAAAAUCCAAGAACUUCAUAAAGAGAUACAACACAUGGCCCAAAAACAGAAACAACAUGAGCUUCUAGACAGUGACCUGAAACGAUUGACUGAUGAUCUCCAAAUUGGGCAGGAAAAUCUAAUAAAACAACAGGAGGAAGUUCAACGUUGUAAGAGUGAUGUCAUCAAUAAGAAGGAGGAGCUUAAAGUGAUCGUGGAAAGAAUCUUUGAAGGGACAGCACAGCUUGAACAAGAAAAGCUUGAUAUUUAUGAAGAGCGAAGAAAGGCUUUGGACGAAAGGACGAUGCUGGAAGGAGAUUUGUCGGAAGUAAGGAUGAGAGAAGAAGAGGCCAUGCAAACGAUAAGACACAACACAAAUAUGAAAGAGGCAAUAAAGGAAUUGGUUGAAAAGACACAUCAAGACAUUGCAAUGAAGAUGCAAUUCAUAGAGCAGAAGAUUCUGGAUGCACAAAAUCAGACAACUAACUUGGAAAUUCAGCAAAAAGAAAUGGAAGAGCAGAAAUUGGAGAUUGACACACAUUUUGAACAAAUACAAAGACACAGAGAAGAUCUGAUCAAUAUGAAAUCGGACAUGAUGGUACAAAAACAAGAAAUGCAAAAGAAUUGGAACGAGGAGCUGCUACUGGAGAAACAAGAUCUCAAUACGGAAAAGGAAGCAGUAGACAGGCAAAGCAAGUAUCUGGACACAGUUAAAGAAAUAAUCAACAAAGACAACCUUGACUUGGAUUUCAUGAGGUCUGAAAUCCAGAAAGAAACAGAGGCACUGGAAAGAGAGAAAGAAAAGAUCCGGGAACAAACUGAGAUACUAGAAAGAGAUCAAUCUUUUGUGAGAGUAGAAAAAGAAAGACUUGAAAUGGCAAAGGCGGAACUCCAAGAAAAGGAAGACAAAGUUCAUGGUCUACAGAGCGAUUUGGACAGUGACAGAGAAAAGAUGGACCAUUUACUUCUUGAAGGCCAAAAGAAAAUCCAAGAACUUCAUAAAGAGAUACAACACAUGGCCCACAAACAGAAACAACAAGAGCUUCUAGACAGUGACCUGAAACGAUUGACUGAUGAUCUCCAAAUUGGGCAGGAAAAUCUAAUAAAACAACAGGAGGACGUUCAACGUUUUAAGAGUGAUGUCAUGAAUAAGAAGGAGGAGCUUAAAGUGAUCAUGGAAAGAAUCUUAGAAGAGACAGCACAGCUUGAACAAGAGAAGCUUGAUAUUCAUGAAGAGCGAAGAAAGGCCUUGGACGAAAGGACGAUGCUAGAAAGAGAUUUGUCGGAAGUAAGGAUGAGAGAAGAAGAGGCCAUGCAAACGAUCAGACACAACACAAAUAUGAAAGAGGCAAUAAAAGAAUUGGUUGAAAAGACACAUCAAGACAUUACAUUGAAGAUGCAAUUCAUAGAGCAGAAGAUUCUGGAUGCACAAAAUCAGACAACUAACUUGGAAAUUCAGCAAAAAGAAAUGGAAGAGCAGAAAUUGGAGAAUGACACACAUUUUGAACAAAUACAAAGACACAGAGAAGAUCUGAUCAAUAUGAAAUCGGACAUGAUGGUACAAAAACAAGAAAUGCAAAAGAAUUGGAACGAGGAGCUGCUACUGGAGAAACAAGAUCUCAAUACGGAAAAGGAAGCAGUAGACAGGCAAAGCAAAUAUCUGGACACAGUUAAAGAAAUAAUCAACAAAGACAACCUUGACUUGGAUUUCAUGAGGUCUGAAAUCCAGAAAGAAACAGAGGCACUGGAAAGAGAGAAAGAAAAGAUCCGGGAACAAACUGAGAUACUAGAAAGCGAUCAAUCUUUUGUGAGAGUAGAAAAAGAAAGACUUGAAAUGGCAAAGGCGGAACUCCAAGAAAAGCAAGACAAAGUUCAUGGUCUACAGAGCGAUUUGAACAGUGACAGAGAAAAGAUGGACCAUUUACUUCUUGAAGGCCAAAAGAAAAUCCAAGAACUUCAUAAAGAGAUACAACACAUGGCCCAAAAACAGAAACAACAAGAGCUUCUAGACAGUGACCUGAAACGAUUGACUGAUGAUCUCCAAAUUGGGCAGGAAAAUCUAAUAAAACAACAGGAGGAAGUUCAACGUUUUAAGAGUGAUGUCAUGAAUAAGAAGGAGGAGCUUAAAGUGAUCAUGGAAAGAAUCUUUGAAGAGACAGCACAGCUUGAACAAGAGAAGCUUGAUAUUCAUGAAGAGCGAAGAAAGGCCUUGGACGAAAGGACGAUGCUAGAAAGAGAUUUGUCGGAAGUAAGGAUGAGAGAAGAAGAGGCCAUGCAAACGAUAAGACACAACACAAAUAUGAAAGAGGCAAUAAAAGAGCUGGUUGAAACGACACAUCAAGACAUUACAAUGAAGAUGCAAUUCAUAGAGCAGAAGAUUCUGGAUGCACAAAAUCAGACAACUAACUUGGAAAUUCAGCAAAAAGAAAUGGAAGAGCAGAAAUUGGAGAUUGACACACACUUUGAAAAAAUACAAAGACACAGAGAAGAUCUGAUGAAUAUGAAAUCGGACAUGAUGGUACAAAAACAAGAAAUGCAAAAGAAUUGGAACGAGGAGCUGCUACUGGAGAAACAAGAUCUCAAUACGGAAAAGGAAGCAGUAGACAGGCAAAGCAAAUAUCUGGACACAGUUAAAGAAAUAAUCAACAAAGACAACCUUGACUUGGAUAUCAUGAGGUCUGAAAUCCAGAAAGAAACAGAAGCACUGGAAAGAGAGAAAGAAAAGAUCCGGGAACAAACUGAGAUACUAGAAAGAGAUCAAUCUUUUGUGAGAGUAGAAAAAGAAAGACUUGAAAUGGCAAAGGCGGAACUCCAAGAAAAGCAAGACAAAGUUCAUGGUCUACAGAGCGAUUUGAACAGUGACAGAGAAAAGAUGGACCAUUUACUUCUUGAAGGCCAAAAGAAAAUCCAAGAACUUCAUAACGAGAUACAACACAUGGCCCAAAAACAGAAACAACAAGAGCUUCUAGACAGUGACCUGAAACGAUUGACUGAUGAACUCCAAAUUGGGCAGGAAAAUCUAAUAAAACAACAGGAGGAAGUUCAACGUUUUAAGAGUGAUGUCAUGAAUAAGAAGGAGGAGCUUGAAGUGAUCAUGGAAAGAAUCUUUGAAGAGACAGCACAGCUUGAACAAGAGAAGCUUGAUAUUCAUGAAGAGCGAAGAAAGGCCUUGGACGAAAGGACGAUGCUAGAAAGAGAUUUGUCGGCAGUAAGGAUGAGAGAAGAAGAGGCCAUGCAAACGAUAAGACACAACACAAAUAUGAAAGAGGCAAUAAAAGAGCUGGUUGAAAAGACACAUCAAGACAUUACAAUGAAGAUGCAAUUCAUAGAGCAGAAGAUUCUGGAUGCACAAAAUCAGACAACUAACUUGGAAAUUCAGCAAAAAGAAAUGGAAGAGCAGAAAUUGGAGAUUGACACACACUUUGAACAAAUACAAAGACACAGAGAAGAUCUGAUCAAUAUGAAAUCGGAUAUGAUGGUACAAAAACAAGAAAUGCAAAAGAAUUGGAACGAGGAGCUGCUACUGGAGAAACAAGAUCUCAAUACGGAAAAGGAAGCAGUAGACAGGCAAAGCAAAUAUCUGGACACAGUUAAAGAAAUAAUCAACAAAGACAACCUUGACUUGGAUAUCAUGAGGUCUGAAAUCCAGAAAGAAACAGAGGCACUGGAAAGAGACAAAGAAAAGAUAUGGGAACAAACUGAGAUACUAGAAAGAGAUCAAUCUUUUGUGAGAGUAGAAAAAGAAAGACUUGAAAUGGCAAAGGCGGAACUCCAAGAAAAGCAAGACAAAGUUCAUGGUCUACAGAGCGAUUUGAACAGUGACAGAGAAAAGAUGGACCAUUUACUUCUUGAAGGCCAAAAGAAAAUCCAAGAACUUCAUAAACAGAUACAACAGAUGGCCCAAAAACAGAAACAACAUGAGCUUCUAGACAGUGACCUGAAACGAUUGACUGAUGAUCUCCAAAUUGGGCAGGAAAAUCUAAUAAAACAACAGGAGGAAGUUCAACGUUGUAAGAGUGAUGUCAUGAAUAAGAAGGAGGAGCUUAAAGUGAUCAUGGAAAGAAUCUUUGAAGAGACAGCACAGCUUGAACAAGAGAAGCUUGAUAUUCAUGAAGAGCGAAGAAAGGCCUUGGACGAAAGGACGGUGCUAGAAAGAGAUUUGUCGGAAGUAAGGAUGAGAGAAGAAGAGGCCAUGCAAACGAUAAGACACAACACAAAUAUGAAAGAGGCAAUAAAAGAGCUGGUUGAAAAGACACAUCAAGACAUUACAAUGAAGAUGCAAUUCAUAGAGCAGAAGAUUCUGGAUGCACAAAAUCAGACAACUAACUUGGAAAUUCAGCAAAAAGAAAUGGAAGAGCAGAAAUUGGAGAUUGACACACACUUUGAAAAAAUACAAAGACACAGAGAAGAUCUGAUCAAUAUGAAAUCGGACAUGAUGGUACAAAAAAAAGAAAUGCAAAAGAAUUGGAACGAGGAUCUGCUACUGGAGAAACAAGAUCUCAAUACGGAAAAGGAAGCAGUAGACAGGCAAAGCAAAUAUCUGGACACAGUUAAAGAAACAAUCAACAAAGACAACCUUGACUUGGAUAUCAUGAGGUCUGAAAUUCAGAAUGAAACAGAGGCACUGGAAAGAGAGAAAGAAAAGAUCCAGGAACAAACUGAGAUAAUAGAAAGAGAUCAAUCUUUUGUGAAAGUAGAAAAAGAAAGACUUGAAAUGGCAAAGGCGGAACUCCAAGAAAAGCAAGACAAAGUUCAUGGUCUACAGAGCGAUUUGAACAGUGACAGAGAAAAGAUGGACCAUUUACUUCUUGAAGGCCAAAAGAAAAUCCAAGAACUUCAUAAAGAGAUACAACACAUGGUCCAGAAACAGAAACAACAAGAGCUUCUAGACAGUGACCUGAAACGAUUGACUGAUGAUCUCCAAAUUGGGCAGGAAAAUCUAAUUAAACAACAGGAGGGUGUUCAACGUUUUAAGAGUGAUGUCAUGAAUAAGAAGGAGGAGCUUAAAGUGAUCGUGGAAAGAAUCUUUGAAGGGACAGCACAGCUUGAACAAGAGAAGCUUGAUAUUCAUGAAGCGCGAAGAAAGGCCGUGGACGAAAGGACGAUGCUAGAAAGAGAUUUGUCGGAAGUAAGGAUGAGAGAAGAAGAGGCCAUGCAAACGAUAAGACACAACACAAAUAUGAAAGAGGCAAUAAAAGAAUUGGUUGAAAAGACGCAUCAAGACAUUACAAUGAAGAUGCAAUUCAUAGAGCAGAAGAUUCUGGAUGCACAAAAUCAGACAACUAACUUGGAAAUUCAGCAAAAAGAAAUGGAAGAGCAGAAAUUGGAGAUUGACACACAUUUUGAACAAAUACAAAGACACAGAGAAGAUCUGAUCAAUAUGAAAUCGGACAUGAUGGUACAAAAACAAGAAAUGCAAAAGAAUUGGAAUGAGGAGCUGCUACUGGAGAAACAAGAUCUCAAUACGGAAAAGGAAGCAGUAGACAGGCAAAGCAAAUAUCUGGACACAGUUAAAGAAAUAAUCAACAAAGACAACCUUGACUUGGAUAUCAUGAGGUCUGAAAUCCAGAAAGAAACAGAGGCACUGGAAAGAGAGAAAGAAAAGAUCCGGGAACAAACUGAGAUACUAGAAAGAGAUCAAUCUUUUGUGAGAGUAGAAAAAGAAAGACUUGAAAUGGCAAAGGCGGAACUCCAAGAAAAACAAGACAAAGUUCAUGGUCUACAGAGCGAUUUGAACAGUGACAGAGAAAAGAUGGACCAUUUACUUCUUGAAGGCCUAAAGAAAAUCCAAGAACUUCAUAAAGAGAUACAACACAUGGCCCAAAAACAGAAACAACAAGAGCUUCUAGACAGUGACCUGAAACGAUUGACUGAUGAUCUCCAAAUUGGGCAGGAAAAUCUAAUAAAACAACAGGAGGAAGUUCAACGUUUUAAGAGUGAUGUCAUGAAUAAGAAGGAGGAGUUUAAAGUGAUCAUGGAAAGAAUCUUUGAAGAGACAGCACAGCUUGAACAAGAGAAGCUUGAUAUUCAUGAAGAGCGAAGAAAGGCCUUGGACGAAAGGACGAUGCUAGAAAGAGAUUUGUCGGAAGGAAGGAUGAGAGAAGAAGAGGCCAUGCAAACGAUAAGACACAACACAAAUAUGAAAGAGGCAAUAAAAGAGCUGGUUGAAAAGACACAUCAAGACAUUACAAUGAAGAUGCAAUUCAUAGAGCAGAAGAUUCUGGAUGCACAAAAUCAGACGACUAACUUGGAAUUCCAGCAAAAAGAAAUGGAAGAGCAAAAAUUGGAGAUUGACACACACUUUGAACAAAUACAAAGACACGGAGAAGAUCUGAUCAAUAUGACAUCGGACAUGAUGGUACAAAAACAAGAAAUGCAAAAGAAUUGGAACGAGGAGCUGCUACUGGAGAAACAAGAUCUCAAUACGGAAAAGGAAGCAGUAGUCCGACAAAGCAAAUAUCUGGACACAGUUAAAGAAACAAUCAACAAAGACAACCUCUACUUGGAUAUCAAGAGGUCUGAAAUCCAGAAAGAAACAGAGGCACUGGAAAGAGAGAAAGAAAAGAUCCGGGAACAAACUGAGAUACUAGAAAGAGAUCAAUCUUUUGUGAAAGUAGCAAAAGAAAGACUUGAAAUGGCAAAGGCGGAACUCCAAGAAAAGCAAGAAAAAGUUCAUGGUCUACAGAGCGAUUUGAACAGUCACAGAGAAAAGAUGGACCAUUUACUUCUUGAAGGCCAAAAGAAAAUCCAAGAACUUCAGAAAGAGAUACAACACAUGGCCCAAAAACAGAAACAACAAGAGCUUCUAGACAGUGACCUGAAACGAUUGACUGAUGAUCUCCAAAUUGGGCAGGAAAAUCUAAUAAAACAACAGGAGGAAGUUCAACGUUUUAAGAGUGAUGUCAUGAAUAAGAAGGAGGAGCUUAAUGUGAUCAUGGAAAGAAUCUUUGAAGAUACAGCACAGCUUGAACAAGAGAAGCUUGAUAUUUAUGAAGAGCGAAGAAAGGCCAUGGGCGAAAGGACGAUGCUAGAAAGAGAUUUGUCGGAAGUAAGGAUGAUAGAAGAAGAGGCCAUGCAAACGAUAAGACACAACACAAUUAUGAAAGAGGCAAUAAAAGACUUGGUUGAAAAGACACAUCAAGACAUUACAAUGAAGAUGCAUUUAAUAGAGCAGAAGAUUCUGGAUGCACAAAAUCAGACAACUAUCAUGGAAAAUCAGCAAAAAGGAAUGGAAGAGCUGAAAUUGGAGAUUGACACACACUUUGAACAAAUACAACGACACAGAGAAGAUCUGAUCAAUAUGAAAUCGGACAUGAUGGUACAAAAACAAGAAAUGCAAAAGAAUUGGAACGAGGAGCUGCUACUGGAGAAACAAGAUCUCAAUACGGAAAAGGAAGCAGUAGACAGGCAAAGGAAAUAUUUGGACACAGUUAAAGAAACAAUCAACAAAGACAACCUUGAUUUGGAUAUCAUGAAGUCCGAAAUCCAGAAAGAAACAGAGAUACUGGAUAGAGAGAAAGAAAAGAUCCGGGAACAAACUGAGAUACUAGAAAGAGAUCAAUCUUUUGUGAAAGUUGAAAAAGAAAGACUUGAAAUGGCAAAGGCGGAACUCCAAGAAAAACAAGACAAAGUUCAUGGUCUACAGAGCGAUUUGAACAGUGACAGAGAAAAGAUGGACCAUUUACUUCUUGAAGGCCUAAAGAAAAUCCAAGAACUUCAUAAAGAGAUACAACACAUGGCCCAAAAACAGAAACAACAAGAGCUUCUAGACAGUGACCUGAAACGAUUGACUGAUGAUCUCCAAAUUGGGCAGGAAAAUCUAAUAAAACAACAGGAGGAAGUUCAACGUUUUAAGAGUGAUGUCAUGAAUAAGAAGGAGGAGCUUAAAGUGAUCGUGGAAAGAAUCUUUGAAGGGACAGCACAGCUUGAACAAGAGAAGCUUGAUAUUCAUGAAGAGCGAAGAAAGGCCUUGGACGAAAGGACGAUGCUAGAAAGAGAUUUGUCGGAAGUAAGGAUGAGAGAAGAAGAGGCCAUGCAAACGAUAAGACACAACACAAUUAUGAAAGAGGCAAUAAAAGAGUUGGUUGAAAAGACACAUCAAGACAUUACAAUGAAGAUGCAAUUCAUAGAGCUGAAGAUUCAGGAUGCACAUAAUCAGACAACUAACUUGGAAUUCCAGCAAAAAGAAAUGGAAGAGCAGAAAUUGGAGAUUGACACACACUUUGAACAAAUACAAAGACACAGAGAAGAUCUGAUCAAUAUGAAAUCGGACAUGAUGGUACAAAAACAAGAAUUGCAAAAGAAUUGGAACGAGGAGCUCCUACUGGAGAAACAAGAUCUCAAUACGGAAAAGGAAGCAGUGGACAGGCAAAGCAAGUAUCUAGACACAGUUAAAGAAACAAUCAACAAAGACAACCUUGACUUGGAUAUCAUGAGGUCUGAAAUCCAGAAAGAAACAGAGGCACUGGAAAGAGAGAAAGAAAAGAUCCGGGAACAAACUGAGAUACUAGAAAGAGAUCAAUCUUUUGUGAAAGUAGAAAAAGAAAGACUUGAAAUGGCAAAGGCGGAACUCCAAGAAAAGCAAGACAAAGUUCAUGGUCUACAGAGCGAUUUGAACGGUCACAAAGAAAAGAUGGACCAUUUACUUCUUGAAGGCUUAAAGAAAAUCCAAGAACUUCAUAAAGAGAUACAACACAUGGCCCAAAAACAGAAACUACAAGAGCUUCUAGACAGCGACCUGAAACGAUUGACUGAUGAUCUCCAAAUUGGGCUGGAAAAUCUAAUAAAACAACGGGAGGAAGUUCAACGUUUUAAGAGUGAUGUCAUGAACAAGAAGGAGGAGCUUAAAGUGAUUGUGGAAAGAAUCUUUGAAGGGACAGCACAGCUUGAACAAGAGAAGCUUGAUAUUCAUGAAGCGCGAAGAAAGGCCGUGGACGAAAGGACGAUGCUAGAAAGAGAUUUGUCGGAAGUAACGAUGAGAGAAGAAGAGGCCAUGCAAACGAUAAGACACAACACAAUUAUGAAAGAGGCAAUAAAAGAGUUGGUUGAAAAGACACAUCAACACAUUACAAUGAAGAGGCAAUUAAUAGAGCAGAAGAUUCUGAAUGCACAAAAUCUGACAACUAUCUUGGAAAUUCAGAAAAAAGAAAUUGAACAGCAGAAAUUGGAGAUUGACACACACUUUGAACAAAUACAACGACACAGAGAAGAUCUGAUCAAUAUGAAAUCGGACAUGAUUGUACAAAAACAAGAAAUGCAAAAGAAUUGGAACGAGGAGCUGCUACUGGAGAAACAAGAUCUCAAUACGGAAAAGGAAGCAGUAGACAGGCAAAGGAAAUAUUUGGACACAGUUAAAGAAACAAUCAACAAAGACAACCUUGAUUUGGAUAUCAUGAGGUCCGAAAUCCAGAAAGAAACAGAGAUACUGGAAAGAGAGAAAAAAAAGAUCCGGGAACAAACUGAGAUACUAGAAAGAGAUCAAUCUUUUGUGAAAGUUGAAAAAGAAAGACUUGAAAUGGCAAAGGCGGAACUCCAAGAAAAACAAGACAAAGUUCAUGGUCUACAGAGCGAUUUGAACAGUGACAGAGAAAAGAUGGACCAUUUACUUCUUGAAGGCCUAAAGAAAAUCCAAGAACUUCAUAAAGAGAUACAACACAUGGCCCAAAAACAGAAACUACAAGAGCUUCUAGACAGCGACCUGAAACGAUUGACUGAUGAUCUCCAAAUUGGGCAGGAAAAUCUAAUAAAACAACAGGAGGAAGUUCAACGUUUUAAGAGUGAUGUCAUGAACAAGAAGGAGGAGCUUAAAGUGAUCGUGGAAAGAAUCUUUGAAGGGACAGCACAGCUUGAACAAGAGAAGCUUGAUAUUCAUGAAGCGCGAAGAAAGGCCGUGGACGAAAGGACGAUGCUAGAAAGAGAUUUGUCGGAAGUAAGGAUGAGAGAAGAAGAGGCCAUGCAAACGAUAAGACACAACACAAUUAUGAAAGAGGCAAUAAAAGAGUUGGUUGAAAAGACACAUCAACACAUUACAAUGAAGAGGCAAUUAAUAGAGCAGAAGAUUCUGGAUGCACAAAAUCUGACAAUUAUCUUUGAAAUUCAGAAAAAAGAAAUGGAAGAGCAGAAAUUGGAGAUUGACACACACUUUGAACAAAUACAACGAAACAGAGAAGAUCUGAUCAAUAUGAAAUCGGACAUGAUGGUACAAAAACAAGAAAUGCAAAAGAAUUGGAACGAGGAGCUGCUACUGGAGAAACAAGAUCUCAAUACGGAAAAGGAAGCAGUAGACAGGCAAAGGAAAUAUUUGGACACAGUUAAAGAAACAAUCAACAAAGACAACCUUGAUUUGGAUAUCAUGAGGUCCGAAAUCCAGAAAGAAACAGAGAUACUGGAAAUAGAGAAAGAAAAGAACCGGGAACAAACUGAGAUACUAGAAAGAGAUCAAUCUUUUGUGAAAGUUGAAAAAGAAAGACUUGAAAUGGCAAAGGCGGAACUCCAAGAAAAACAAGACAAAGUUCAUGGUCUACAGAGCGAUUUGAACAGUGACAGAGAAAAGAUGGACCAUUUACUUCUUGAAGGCCUAAAGAAAAUCCAAGAACUUCAGAAAGAGAUACAACACAUGGCCCAAAAACAGAAACAACAAGAGCUUCUAGACAGUGACCUGAAACGAUUGACUGAUGAUCUCCAAAUUGGGCAGGAAAAUCUAAUAAAACAACAGGAGGAAGUUCAACAUUUUAAGAGUGAUGUCAUGAAUAAGAAGGAGGAGCUUAAAGUGAUCGUGGAAAGAAUCUUUGAAGGGACAGCACAGCUUGAACAAGAGAAGCUUGAUAUUCAUGAAGCGCGAAGAAAGGCCGUGGACGAAAGGACGAUGCUAGAAAGAGAUUUGUCGGAAGUAAGGAUGAGAGAAGAAGAGGCCAUGCAAACGAUAAGACACAACACAAUUAUGAAAGAGGCAAUAAAAGAGUUGGUUGAAAAGACACAUCAAGACAUUACAAUGAAGAGGCAAUUAAUAGAGCAGAAGAUUCUGGAUGCACAAAAUCAGACAACUAUCUUGGAAAUUCAGAAAAAAGAAAUUGAACAGCAGAAAUUGAAGAUUGACAAGCAUUUCAAACAGAUAAAAAGACAAAGAGAAGAUCUGAUGAAUAUGAAAUCGGACGUGAUGGCACAAAAACAAGAAAUGCAAAAGAAUUGGAACAAGGAGCUUUUACUGGAGAAGCAAGAUCUAAAAAUGGAAAAGGAAGCAGUAGACAGGCAAAGCAAAUGUCUUGACACAGUUAAAGAAAAAAUCAACAAAGACAACCUUGAUUUGGAUACCAUGAGGUCUGAAAUCCAGAAAGAUACAGAGGCACAGGAGAGAGAUCAAUCUUAUAUGAAAGCCGGAAAAGAAAGAGAGAACCUGAAUACACUAUCCUUAAAACUCAAAGAGCUGAUAAUUAUAUUACAAUGUACAGUAAGAAAACAUGAGGAAAUCAAAAUUAAACAACAAGAAUGUAAUGAUAAAUGGAAAACUAUGCUGAAUUCUUAUUUACAUCUUGACAAAAUUAAGGUAGAUUUGAAAGCUCAAUAUGACGUUGUCGCAAAACUUCUGUGGGAUGUUAAGAGAAACAAGGGAAAAAUUGAACAUAUCUCUGUUCAAACCCAGACUAACUUUCCUCAAGAGCAGAUCAAACAAAAAGGCCCCGAAAUUCCCCAAAGUGCUGCCGACGAGAGCUUUAAAAUAAUAAAAAAUGAGGAUCCCAUACAACACAAUGAUAACGAUGACCACCAAGAGAACGCCACAACAGCUGAAAACAUUUCUACAAAAGAACAUGUCUCUAACCAAGAUAAAUUGCGGAAGAUGUGGAAAGAGACAAGAAUGGAACGGAGGGAGAUCGACCACAUGAAGAGCAGAGGUACCAAGAUGAGAAAGAACCUGGAGCAGAAGCUGCAGACCCUUCGCGACAUAGUCAAGAGGCCUCACUUGCAAAGAGAGGACAAAGAGCCCUCGCAGACAACGAGCAUAGAUUCGCAAGAGGAAGACCGAAUCCACCAGCAGCCAAGCAACCGAAAGAUGCUAGCUGACAAAUACAGAGAGCUUGAGCAACUUAGAGCACAGCUGCUUGGAGAGCUUGAGAAACUGAAAGGAAGCAGAUUCCGAAGAUGGACUAACGAUAGAGCCAUGCAGACAGGGCCAGAUCCCCACAGAGAGGUACAGCCACAGGGUGGGACAGUAAACGAACAAGAGCCUCAGGCUGGAAGGGGCUCAACAAGACUUCUGAGUCGACUUCAACGGUACUGCUGCCACAGCUGCUGCUGCUGUCCUGAGUGCUGUGGACACUCGUCCAAGGACGAGGCCUCCCAAGAUAAGGCGUAGAAGGUCUGCCAUAAACAGAAAGGAUGUUUCCAUGUGCUUGUUAUGCUUUACCUAACAGUGCUUUUGUUUGGCUUUUAUUCUGUUUUGUUGUAUACAGAUUGUUGUAUUGAUGCAUUACAUAUCUUUAGUAUAUAUUUAAAGAUUGUGUACUAAUAUAAUAGAGACAGUUAAUUUAAUCUGACUUGUUGAUUGAUUGUUGUAGCUAUUAUCAAAAAGGAAGCGAAGAGUGGUGUUUUUGGGGACUUUUUGAUCACAUUCAUACAUUAGUAUUAACCUAGUAAUGUUCAAAAUGUUAUUUUACAUUCAAACUUUCAUUAUUAUUGUUUGCUUUACAUAUACAUCAUAUACAUAUACAAACAAUGCAUACAACUCAAUUUAUUUUAUUUGUCACAAUUCUACUGGACAAUCUUGAGUAAAAUGGCAAGUCAUUAAAAUAGUUUUAUUAAUUGAAAAUAAUUAUGUUUGAUUGCUUUAAAAAAUAUGGUAGUAUGUCUGUAUAUGUGGUAGUAGCCAAGAUUAAAGCCAGUAAAGGCUUACUAUUGCUGUAGAGAUGCCAUUAAUGAAAAAAAGAAUAAAA